AUGAAGUCAACGCUUUCGUGGCGGCGACGGCUCAUCCUUGGCAUGAGCAUUGAGGACGCACGGAGUAAAUUUGAUAGCCCGGAGUCUCGUGUGGCCUUGCGUCUGGCGCACGAGCGGUACAAUCAGGGACUCUACCACGAGCUUACACUCGCCCAGCGUCGCCGCAAUCAGCUGCCGUCCGAACGGCGGUGUCAUCUGGUGCGCCACACAAAACCGAGCGUGAAGGGCUUUCAGUCGUACAUUAAAUCCUGCCCGGAUGACUACGUGGUGCGGGAGAUUUGGCGCGAUGAUGACAAAGAGACGGCAGGGCCAAUGUUGGACGCCACGGCGGCGGUAGUGGCGCAGAACUCCGAGGCGGCGAUUUCAUCGGCAGAAGGAGGGUCGCUUAAAAAACGGAGCAAAGGCCACGAUGCAAAUGCGGAGAAGACACCACCGCAGGAGGAACACGUCGUGAAUUCGAGAAAAGAAGCGGCAUUGGACGUAUUAAACGUGACUCCUGGGAAGGAAAACGUCGUUUCAGCACCCGCGGAAGCACUGACGCCACCGUCGUUGCCGAGCCAUGUGGGACUUCAAGUCACUGCGGAUGUUCAGAUGUACAAGCAACACCGUGCGGUGGUACUCCAGGAGCUUGCACGGGUGGCAAAUAAGCUUGGAAGCGAUGCACGGCAACAACUAGCGGAACGGAGAGAGAAUGGUACCCUGUUGGCCAUUCGUCAAGGCUCUGUUGUAGAUCGUCUAGUGGAUAACGUGAAGGAGGCCCAGGAAAAGGGUUAUACAAGCCUUUCCUCAUCCUCGCAUCUGCUUGAGACGAUAAAUCUUUCCAUGAAUCUCUGUAGUAAAAAAGAUAAAGAGCUCAUAGAGGCCUUCCGAAGCCCGUUCAUAUUUUUUCCAGCGGAAGAACAUCACAUUUCACUCUCACUCUGGGUUGCUGGUAAUUUGAUAGAACACGAGGAACUUGGCAUGGAGUUUCCGUACCAUCUUGCGAAGCAUAUGGAGCCGGAGGCAGGAGGAGAUGGUGCCGCACCACCGCCAACAACUCGACUUCCAAAGGCAAGUAUAGAAAUAUAUUUUUCCCCGGAACUUUACCAACUGAAGCAAACACUUGGAAUGGACGGCAUACUUGCAUUGCGUCGAUUUAUUGGUCGUGCGAUGAAGCGUCAGCACGACCCGUUGCCCACGACACCAUCCAUUGUCCUUAACAUGAGACGAGACCAACAGGAGGCGUGUGGCAUUUGUAGGGGUGAGGCGACGCAGGUACCGUGGCUUCAUCUAAUCAAGACAAAGGUGUCGACGGUGACGGGGACAGUUCUGGAAAUAUCAUCCGACGAGGCACCGACGGUUUCAGCCAUGCGGGAGGCGAUUCAGCUUGUGUGGCGCAUUUGGGGUCAUUUGGUCAAGGAUCUCCGCGUACACGGAGAUCUCGAUUACAUGUAUCUGUCCGUCUGGCCGCAGAUGGAGACAAAUGUGGAUAUGUCGCAGAGCAGCAUAACUUGCGACGAGCGUCCCGGGAAGGCACUGGAGAGAAUCGUUCAUCCGCAGGACACAAAACAAGGUGUGCCGCAGCAGAAGAAGCAACAGGCUGUGAAUUCCAUUCGUUGCAUAGGGGAUGCGGUGAACGGCCUGAUGGAGGGGGACACCUCCAUAUGGAAGGGAUUCAAUUCACGCAAAUUGCAAACGAAGAGUAUCAUCGUUCCGACGGAUUUUGUUGUUGUGGAGUGUACACUUGAGAAAAAAGGACUGCCACACCGUCUAGUGGUGGAGGACGUUGUGGAAAGCCUCACUGAACUUCAACGACAGGCGAUGGAGAUGCAACGAAUUGCGAUUGUUCAAGCAAGAGACGCAGAAGAGAGAGUGGAACCACAGACGGAUGCCGGGAGUGGCGGGCUACGGCCCGUAUUGUAUGCUCCGAAGGUUUUUGUAUCACACGCGGGUGUCAUUGACGCAGCUGCGCAUAGUUUUCAGCGCAUUCGCAUUCGUGGGAGUUGUAUUGCCCACGUCGAGUCACUUGCACGCGCUCUUGAAACCGGUGAGCAUUUCACGGAGCGCGAAGGACUAGAACCGAUGUAUGGCAAUAACCCCGGUUCUCCCAUUAGUGCCAGGAACAUGCAUGAUGCUGAGAACGCAUCCUUGCUGCUCCCACCAAACCUUUCCUUCUCUCCUAGACACCAUGUUAACUCAACGCACGCCGCGGACAGUCAAUUGCUUGGACAUCGUGUGCCGUCAAAUUACUCGGCUCAGCGCGCUGCAAGCGGUCAAUUUCACCGUUACCAAACUCUUCGCCC